AUGGAUUUCAAGAUACCCAGAAGAAGUCACAACAUCAUGACUUCCUCCAGCUCAGCUCCUCUCCUGGGCCCUCAAAGCAGCUACACCAGGCCCUACUACCUAGGCAUGAAGAGAAAGCUGAGGCCUGGACGGAUUAUGGGCUUUGUCAUCAGCCUGGUGGUGGCCUGCACAGUCUGUUCAUGGAGUGCCUUGUCAAUGGCCACAACAAUAGCCAAGGAUGUGGGAUUGGAUGUUGAGGGCUCAGCAGAGGCAGCAGUGCCCCAAAGAACUCUUCUGGACCACCACAACAUCUCAGCCAUGGCAGAGAACACAAUGUUCGCCAUGAGAAAAAGUGAAAUAGACACGAAUCAUGGGGACUACCCAACGGACUACUUCAGCCUAGAAGACAGACGCCAGGGCUAUGUGGUGUUCCAUAUGUUUGGCAUGUUGUACAUGUUCAUAGCUUUAGCCAUUGUCUGCGAUGAGUUCUUUGUCCCUGCGCUCACUGUCAUCACAGAGAAGCUGGAGAUCUCUGAUGAUGUAGCAGGAGCCACCUUCAUGGCAGCAGGUGGCUCAGCCCCAGAGCUAUUCACCUCAGUCAUAGGAGUCUUCGUCUCCCACAGUAAUGUGGGUAUCGGAACCAUUGUGGGCUCAGCUGUCUUCAACAUCCUGUUUGUGAUUGGGAUGUGUGCCCUGUUCUCCAAAGAGAUAUUGAACCUCACCUGGUGGCCUCUGUUCAGAGACGUCUCCUUCUAUAUCAUUGGCCUGCUCAUGCUCAUCUAUUUCUUUCUGGAUAAUCAAAUCACGUUAAGUGAAAGUAUCAGCCUGCUUAUGUGUUACAUUUGCUACGUGACAUUCAUGAAGUUCAAUGCCUCUGUCGAACAUGUCAUCAAGAGCAUGCUGGGCAGCAACCAGGUGGACGAGCUGGAGAGUGCACCAAAGGUAAAUGCUCCCGGAGAUGAUGAGAACAAGCUGACAGCCAAACCUAGGCUGCAGAGGGAAGGCAGCUGUGCUUCUCUACACAACUCACUGAUGAGAAACAGCAUCUUCCAGCUGAUGAUACACACUCUCGACCCCCUGAGUGAUGAAGGCCGUUUCAAAGAGAAAGCGUCAAUCCUUCACAAAAUGGCCAAGCAGAAGUGUAAAGAAGACGCUGCCAAUGGCGUAGGAGGGCUCUCCCAGGCUCAACCCUCGAGAAAUUCUGAUAAAAACAUUCCCAACAGUUCAAAUGUUGCAGUGGAAGUCACGCCACCCAUGAACGGUGUCGCAGGAGGAGAGGAGGAUGGUGAUGAGGAGGAAGAUGAAGACCAACCUCUGAGCCUGGCCUGGCCCGACACCCUCAGGAAACAGAUCACCUACCUCCUCAUCCUGCCUAUUGUUCUUCCACUCUGGUUAACACUGCCUGACGUCAGGAGAGAGACCUCAGAAAAGUUCUUCCCGAUCACUUUCCUUGGCGCUAUCAGUUGGAUUGCAUUCUUCUCCUACCUGAUGGUGUGGUGGGCUCACCAGGUUGGAGAAACUUUCUGGAUCACAGAGGAGAUCAUGGGUCUGACUAUAUUAGCAGCCGGAACUUCAAUCCCUGACCUGAUCACCAGUGUGAUUGUAGCACGAAAAGGCCUCGGUGACAUGGCCGUGUCCAGCUCGGUGGGCUCUAACAUCUUUGAUAUCACUGUGGGCCUGCCAUUCCCGUGGCUCAUCUACAACAUCAUCAAUGACUUUAAGCCAGUACAGGUGAGCAGCAAUGGCUUGUUCUGCGCCAUCGUUCUCCUCUUCCUCAUGCUCCUCUUCGUCAUCAUCUCCAUCGCGGCUUGCCAUUGGAGAAUGAGCAAGCUGCUAGGCUUCUUCAUGUUUCUGCUCUACUUCUUCUUCCUCAUUGUCAGUGUCAUGCUGGAGGACAAAGUCAUUACCUGCCCUGUCAGCAUCUGA